CCCAGAAACACAGGAACAGACACUCGGCCCAGCACUUCUUGCUCCAAGGGGCAGUCAGGGCAGGCUGAAAAUAGAAACUGCUUCCAAAAAGAUAAAGGGGAUGACUCCAUCAGAGUACCCCACUCCUUUGAAGAGCUCAGAGGAAGAUGUCGGCCCAGUCUCUUCCUGCAGCAACACCCCCUACCCAGAAGCCCCCUCGGAUCAUCCGCCCCCGCCCCCCUUCUCGAUCCCGGGCUGCCCAGUCCCCAGGGCCUCCCCACAAUGGCUCCUCUCCACAAGAACUUCCCCGAACUGCCAAUGUUGCACCAACCCCGAUGUGCACCCCUAUCUUCUGGGAGCCGCCAGCUGCAUCCCUCAAGCCUCCUGCCCUUCUGUCCCUGUCAUCUAGAGCCAGCCUCGACUCCCAGACUUUCCCAGACUCAGCUUCCAGCACCCCCAGUCCAGUGUCCCGGCACUCUGUCUCCCCAGAACCUGCUCCCCGGUCUCCAGUGUCCCCACCCAAGCCCUCCGGGUCACCCCGCACAUCUCUACCCCUGCUCCCCACGGUGGGGGCCCUGGUGCAGGAUGGAUCUGCCUCGGCCCCUGGCACUGUGCGGAGACUGGCUGGCAGGUUUGAAUGGGGAGCUGAAGGCAGGGCCCAGGCUGCAGACACCCUGGAACCAGGUCCCCAAGGGGGAACCGAUGUGAACGGGGAGAGAGAGGCUCCCCUCACCGGGAGUGGGUCCCAGGAGAACAGUGCUCCAGAUGCGGCCCUGGCCUGCCCUCCCUGCUGCCCCUGUGUCUGCCACGCAGCCCGGCCUGGCCUGGAGCUCCGAUGGGUACCUGUUGGGGGCAAGGAGGAGGGCCCCAGGGUCCCCUGCCGGGCCUCGCCCCUGCGGACCUCCCGCUCCCGCCCCAACCCUCCAAGUAUUGGUCACCCCCCAGUCGUCCUAACGUCCUACCGCUCCACUGCCGAGCACAAACUCCUGCCACCCCUCAAGCCCCCCAAACCAACUCGGGUCAGGCAGGAUGCUACCAUCUCUGGGGACCCUCCACAGUUAGAUCUGGAUCUGCUUUCCGAAGAUGGAAUCCAAACAGGGGACAGUCCUGACGAAGCUCCUCAGAAUGCUCCUCCAGCAUCCAUGGAGGGAAGGGAUGAGGACAGCCUGGAGGGGCUGAAGGAACAGAACUGGGAACUGCCCUUGCAGGAUGAACCUCUAUACCAGACCUACCGAGCCGCUGUGCUGUCAGAGGAGCUGUGGGGGGUUGGUGAGGAUGGGGGUCCCUCUCCAGCAAAUGUUGGAGAAGCUCCCACCUUUGCACGGCCCCCUGGACCUCGCAACACCCUGUGGCAGGAGCUUCCUGCUGUGCAAGCCAGUGGCCUCCUGGACACCCUCAGCCCCCAGGAGAGGCGCAUGCAGGAGAGUCUGUUCGAGGUGGUGACGUCUGAGGCCUCUUACCUGCGCUCCCUGCGGCUGCUGACUGACACCUUCGUGCUGAGCCAGGCACUCCGGGACACGCUGACCCCGCGUGAUCAUCACACGCUCUUCUCCAAUGUGCAGCGAGUCCAGGAAGUCAGCGAGCGGUUUCUGGGAACAUUACUGUCCCGUGUGCGCUCUUCCCCCCAUAUCAGCGACCUGUGUGACGUGGUGCAUGCCCAUGCUGUGGGUCCUUUCUCGGUGUAUGUGGAUUACGUGCGGAACCAGCAGUACCAGGAAGAGACCUACAGCCGCCUUAUGGACACGAACGUGCGCUUCUCCGCGGAGCUGCGGCGGCUGCAGAGCCUCCCUAAGUGUGAGCGGCUCCCGCUGCCGUCCUUCCUGCUUCUGCCCUUCCAGCGCAUCACCCGGCUCCGCAUGCUGCUGCAGAAUAUCCUGCGUCAGACAGAGGAGGGGUCCAGCCGCCAGGAGAAUGCUCAGAAGGCCCUGGGUGCUGUCAGCAAGAUCAUUGAGCGCUGCAGCGCCGAGGUGGGGCGUAUGAAACAGACUGAAGAGCUGAUCCGGCUCACCCAAAGGCUGCGCUUCCACAAAGUCAAGGCCCUGCCCCUGGUCUCCUGGUCACGGCGCCUGGAGUUGCAGGGGGAGCUGACCGAGUUAGGGUGCCGGAGGGGGGGUGUGCUCUUCACCUCGCGCCCCCGCUUCACCCCCCUCUGCCUGCUGCUCUUCAGUGACCUGCUGCUCAUCACUCAGCCCAAAAGUGGGCAGAGGCUACAGGUUCUGGACUAUGCCCAUCGAUCCCUGGUCCAGGCCCAGCAGGUUCCAGACCCAUCUGGACCCCCGACCUUCCGCCUCUCCCUUCUCAGCAACCACCAGGGCCGCCCCACCCACCGGCUACUUCAAGCUUCAUCCCUAUCAGACAUGCAGCGCUGGCUAGGAGCCUUCCCGACCCCAGGCCCUCUUCCCUGUACCCCGGACACCAUCUACGAAGACUGUGACUGUUCCCAGGAACUGUGUUCAGAGCUGUCUGCACCUUCCAAGACUGAAGGACGGAGUCUGGAGUCCAGGGCUGCCCCCAAGCACCUGCACAAGAGCCCUGAAGGUUGGCUGAAGGGGCUUCCUGGGGCCUUCCCUGCCCAGUUGGUGUGUGAAGUCACAGGGGAACACGAAAGGAGGAAGCACCUUCGCCAGCACCAGAGACUUCUCCAGGCUGCUGGGCCCUCUUUGGGCACCCCCAGUGCCUCCCCACCCUAAUGCAGGCUGGGGAGAGGGCACAUCUGGGAGCCAUCUAGCAGCGUGGCUCAGAGAGGACAACGCCUACGCCGCCAUUGGAUUCACUGUCAGUGGAAACCCUACCUCUAGUGGCAACCGAUAGGGACCGAGCUUCAGGACAGGCAGCCAAUGAAAAUAGGCCGUCUGAGCCCACAGCAACAAGAAAGGAUGGCUUGAAUGCAUUGCCAGUGCAGACAGAGGCUGUGCAGAGCAGCCAGGGAGUGCUGAACUGGCUGAGCCGAUGGCUAAAGAGUAUCCCUGCUACGCUCAGCCGAGGAAGGUGAAUCCAGGUCAUGGCGGUUCAAAAAGGGCUUCCUUGGAGACAAAGUCCCAGGAUAAAAUAGCCAACAGGGAUGAGCAGAAACCCAUCCAGCCAAAGAUGGUGAUCUGGGCUCAGGAGACCAGUAGUCACCCUGCUUGGUUCCACAGCAAUGACUUCCUUGCCUUCGAGUCUGGGAAGCAUUAGAGUCCAUUCCUGGGGUGCCUCCUGUGCCCUCUCAAGCUGGUUCCUCUCUUCUAGAAGAAUCCAGAGUGUGUCUCAGAGAACGUGUGCGUGUGCAUGUGCACAUGUGGUAUGUGUGUGUACGCAUCAGGGAAGCGAGUCUGAUGAACGUGGUGUGUGUGGUGGUUGCCCUCCCCCUGCAGAUAGCUCAGUGCUCCAUUUCUCACCCCUCCCCCCAUCUGUCCUAUUAUUCUCUCCAGAAGAGUGUGCUGAGUGUGGCUUGGCAGUCAGAGGCCAGGGCUGGGGAUGAGAGGUCUGUGUCCUGGGUCUCUUGGAGGCCAGCUUUCCAUGACAGCUGGAGGGUGAUGUUAUGGUGCCACCAAGCAGCCUGGCAGAGGAGCCCUAGAAACUGAACAUGGCCAGCAGCUGGGGCCUGAGGCCCCCUGGAGUCUGCAGUUCCUUCUCCUUGCCCCAAACACUGACCUCCGUGAUCGCUGCCUGCAGAUCUCCCAACCUGAACUAUACUCAGCCAGACUCAGCCCCGGGCUUCAGAACCGCAUGGCUCCCAGGUUGGGGUGAAGAAAUGGGAGCUGUGGAUCACAGGCCAGCCAGUGAACCCCCUGGGCUUUCUGGCCUUUGUCCUGAUCCUCUCACAGAAACACUGGGCCAAACAGUGGGGAGAGGACAGAGAGCGAGUGCGGCUGCCCAGCUCCAUCCAGAACACCUGCUUCCUGUGAGAAACUGCCCCUGCAUGAUGCCAGGAGGAGGUGAGGGAUGCAGACAGCAGAGCUGACACUAGCUGGCAAGGGGGCCCAGGCCUGGCACAAGCCUUCCUGAGCUAGGCCAUCACACUUUCCUUUCAGCUCAGGAAUGGUGACUUGCCCAGGACAGAAACCACCAUGUCAACCACAGGAGGUGCAGGGACUGUGGGAGACUCACAGGCGGAAGGGCGCUGGCAUUUGGCAUGACCGUGACUUUGGAAACUUGCCUAGCACAGUGGCUGACAUGUGGGAAACCCUCGAUAAAUGGUGGAGGAGUUGUGCUGAGA